GCUGAGACAGAAGCCAAUAUUCGCGAACGAUAUGGUCAGACCAGUAAAGCUAGGCAUCGUUUACGAUGUCAAGAGCGGGCCUGGACGGCAGCUGAUUCAAUGCAUGAACCGACUUGCAGAGUGGCAUCCGAAUGUUGGCGCUGGAUUGUGGCGAGAACGAAGCGUCUCCAACGCGUGCAUGAAGGUCGACGGCGACGCCGAGAAGCGCACCGGCAGCUCCGGCAAGGCGAUCGGGGCGCUGGCUCCGGCACCAGUGCAGGAAGGCGGAUCGACCGGCUCGGUGGGCAAGCGGCAGGUGCUCAGGCACACCGCCCAGCGCCAGCAGGAGGAGGAGCGGCCGACGCCGCAGCACCAGCAGAACCUCGACCAGAAGCUAGAGUCCAGAUGCCAGUUCCACGGCAUCAGGUCAUCGCCUCCGAGCUUCGAGAGACUGGAGAGAUCAAUGCAGUCACAGGUGAAGGACCGGUUCCAGAAGUUGAGGAAGAGCAUUUUCGGCCCGUUCCAGGAGGAGAGCCAGGCGAGGGGCCUCGUCCACGGCGACGGUUUCAUGGUCGUCGGCGAUGGCAUCACUUUGGCGGAUGUGAGUUCCAGGUUGGUACUUACGUACGACGUGGACGCCCUGAAGGAGCUGGAGCUCCCCAUCUUGGACCCUGCCGGCGUCCGCGCCUACCGCUCAGGCGUGAUGAGAGCGGCCUAUCUGGCUCAAGAUCGGCCAGACAUCGGCGAGGCGGCCAAGAGUUUGACGAGGAAAAUGCUGCACCACAGUGUCUCGGACCUGGCGGCUCUUAAGAAGUUGUGCCGCUAUCUCAAGAAGUGCCCGUGCCUUGUCUGUCGAUUCUUCCUUCAGCAAAUGCCGAAGGAGUUCAGUAUGUCGGUUGACUUGGACUGGGCUGGAUGUCCGAUUGCCCGCAA